AUGAGGAAGAAGUUUGGGAGCAUCUUUGAGGGGCUUGGAAACCCCAGAACACAUACAACAGUUUUUCAGGGUAGAGUACUGGCUGGUAGCCGGCUAGUGACUGUGACUAAAGGUCAGGGUAGAGUACUGGCUGGUAGCCGGCUAGUGACUGUGACUAAAGGUCAGGGUAGACUACUGGCUGGUAGCCGGCUAGUGACUGUGACUAAAGGUAGAGUACUGGCUGGUAGCCGGCUAGUGACUGUGACUAAAGGUCAGGUUAGAGUACUGGCUGGUAGCCAGCUAGUGACUGUGACUAAAGGUCAGGGUAGUGUACUGGCUGGUAGCCGGCUAGUGACUGUGACUAAAGGUCAGGGUAGACUACUGGCUGGUAGCCGGCUAGUGACUGUGACUAAAGGUCAGGGUAGACUACUGGCUGGUAGCCGGCUAGUGACUGUGACUAAAGGUCAGGGUAGAGUACUGGCUGGUAGCCGGCUAGUGACUGUGACUAAAGGUCAGGGUAGACUACUGGCUGGUAGCCGGCUAGUGACUGUGACUAAAGGUCAGGGUAGACUACUGGCUGGUAGCCGGCUAGUGACUGUGACUAAAGGUCAGGGUAGACUACUGGCUGGUAGCCGGCUAGUGACUGUGACUAAAGGUCAGGGUAGAGUACUGGCUGGUAGCCGGCUAGUGACUGUGACUAAAGGUCAGGGUAGAGUACUGGCUGGUAGCCGGCUAGUGACUGUGACUAAAGGUCAGGGUAGAGUACUGGCUGGUAGCCGGCUAGUGACUGUGACUAAAGGUCAGGGUAGACUACUGGCUGGUAGCCGGCUAGUGACUGUGACUAAAGGUCAGGGGAGACUACUGGCUGGUAGCCAGCUAGUGACUGUGACUAAAGGUCAGGGUAGAGUACUGGCUGGUAGCCGGCUAGUGACUGUGACUAAAGGUCAGGGUAGAGUACUGGCUGGUAGCCGGCUAGUGACUGUGACUAAAGGUCAGGGUAGAGUACUGGCUGGUAGCCGGCUAGUGACUGUGACUAAAGGUCAGGGUAGUGUACUGGCUAGUGACUGUGACUAAAGGUCAGGGUAGAGUACUGGCUGGUAGCCGGCAAGUGACUGUGACUAAAGGUCAGGGUAGAGUACUGGCUGGUAGCCGGCUAGUGACUGUGACUAAAGGUCAGGGUAGAGUACUGGCUGGUAGCCGGCUAGUGACUGUGACUAAAGGUCAGGGUAGAGUACUGGCUGGUAGCCGGCUAGUGACUGUGACUAAAGGUCAGGGUAGAGUACUGGCUGGUAGCCGGCAAGUGACUGUGACUAAAGGUCAGGGUAGAGUACUGGCUGGUAGCCGGCUAGUGACUGUGACUAAAGGUCAGGGUAGAGUACUGGCUGGUA